AUGCAGAACAACACGCCCACGGGAUUCGGCGUACAGACGCCUGGAAACCACAUGCUGACGCAGCAACAAACGCCGAAUACUUCAAUGACAUGGGGUCAGUCACCGUUUGGACCGUCGCAGCAAACCCUGCCGGACGGCCAAUUCGCGCCUCCAGCCCAGCACUUUGGCGCGCAUCCAUCGCCGGUGCAGCCUGGCCAGGCGCCGAUACACUAUCUUCCUGGAUACCUUAGCAAGAUGCGCGGAACCGCAGAACGACAGCCGAGUGGUACCAUGGGCCGUCCGCUGGAGUCGACAUCGCCACCGUCUACGCGUGAAGCAGAUACCUCGCUCAGCCUUUCCGCGAAGGAUUUACAAGGUGCGGCUCGGCUGCAGCCAAGCUCGUCGCCUACACACCGCUUCUCGUCUGCAUUUUUCAACACAUCGCUAGGGCGCAGCGCUGAAAUAGACGCGGCGCACAUGACCCCUGCCGCGGAAGGUAUGCGCGAGGGCAGCAUCUUUGGGGCCGGAGGCCUGCGUGGAAGCCGCCGAGCUAUGGACGAUGCGGAUCGGUCCAUGUCCGUCCGACCAAUGACUUCGCCGCAGGUGAAUGGGAGUGCUGCAUUCCCUCCGUCCGAUACAUUUUUGAAUGCCAUGGACGACGAUGAUGCACCGCCGCCCGAAGCGCUGGGAGAUCUGACCGAACAAACGAUUCCUUCUUUCGCGACUACAUUGGCGAGUGCGUCUCCGAACGUGACAGCACAGCCGAGCAAGUCGAAGAGCAGUGCACCUACCGACGAUGUACCACUUGCACAACGUGCCGUGCUUGUGUAUGGCUUCCCUGCUAACCUUACCAGUCGCAUCAUUGACAUGUUUACCACGAUCGGCGGCCUUGAAAAGGCAGAGGAGGUGCACCUUGGUGGAAGUUCGUCGCGGGAAGCAAGCGACGCGCGCAAGGCCGGAGGUACGGGCACGCAGCCCAGCAUCGUACGCCUCACGUACCGCGCGCCGUAUCUGGCCAUGCACGCCGUGCGCCGCAGCGGCGAGGCAAUUGCUCAUGCGUGUAUGAUUGGCGUGCGCUGGGAGGAUCCGGCGGUGCAUGAACUGUCUCUUGUCAAAGGACUCGAUGCGCCGCUCAUGUUUUCAGGACAAGGCAACGCCCAGACGUCUACAGGGCUACCAGGCACGCCUGCUGUGGGUCGGACGAUGGGCGCUAUGGGAAGUGCAGCACAGGAGCGUGCAAGUACGCCGCUCAUUGGCCGCCCGAUACAUGUCGUGGACACGCCCGUGGCAGCGCUCGCGGCGCACCCGUCGAAAAAUAGCGCGGCUACUACUUUGGAAUCGCCGUUAAAAGCCGUUGCGCACGCAAGUAGUUCUUUGUGGCGGAACAGUGUUGGCACGGGCAACUCAACACGGAAUGCAGAGGCGCAAACGGGGAUGCCGACACAGCCCCCUGCGAGUUUGCUGGGCCGUCUUGCGGAUGGGUUGUUUGGCUGGUAG